GUGCAUGGUACACUUUAAAGUAGUGAUACUAGUCCACGUGUGGUCCGCCAGGCGGCCGUAGACGGGUUCAACAAUCAAUACAGGCGCAACUCCAUAGAAUCACCGCAGAGCUUGCUCCACGGCAAGCUUUCAGUUUGACACUCGGCCGCGUGUAAAGCUCACGACCUUUACGAAAUAUCAGUGAAAAGUGGUGAGGCGGAUGCGAUCCGGCGGCAAAAUGGCGACUUCGGUACGAAAUAAAUGACAACGCGGAUAUAGCCAGCUUACAAGUUCAAGACGAGCGGUCAUUCAAACUUCAUUAAUCUUUUCGGAAGACAAGGAUUCACGCUUUCAUGCAAAAGAAAAAUGUUGUGAAAAAAUAUUAGGUCCUUAUUUUUUUCGUUAUCUUAAGAAUCUAGGAGGCACACUCAAUUCGAUGUAAAAUAAUUCCAGAUAGCGUUACGAAAUAUACCUCAAACGUUAAAAUCAAUCGAGGUGCUUGUUAAAUUUGGACGAAUAAAUAAAGUGAAAUUUGAAUAAACAAACGGCUUACGAAAUCCUUGAACGAUUCUAUGUAGCCUCGCGAGCUGAAGGAGAUGCGGUCCAGAUUUUGAGUUGGUUUUCGAAUAGAAUGAAAAACCACUCACCUCGAUUAUGAGUGUUUAAUAUUAUUCUAUUCCCCCAACAUUCACCACGUAGAUAAUAAAAAUGUUAUAGAAGAAACUGUUGAUCGUAUAGUUGAAUGAUAUAUUCAAUUGGGUUAUUACAUGGGAUUACGGAACAAAUGAUACAAAAAUGCAUUUGCAUUUUGAAAAAAAUAAUAACGCCAAGUGUGACUGCAACAUCCUGUCUCUCAGCUGGAUGGGAAAAGUACCAGACGAACUUCCUGAGGACGAGGGAUGGAAGCUGAACCGCACAAAUUACUACCAAGAAGGUUGGCUGGCGACGGGAAACGCUAGGGGCCUGGUGGGAGUAACUUUUACUACGUCGCAUUGCAGAACAAGGGCUGCCGAGUUGCCGCUUCGAACCAACUAUAACCUCAGGGGCCACAGAAGCGAGGUAAUAUUGGUGAAGUGGAACGAACCCUACCAGAAAUUGGCCUCCUGCGAUAGUUCCGGAGUGAUUUUCGUCUGGAUAAAAUAUGAAGGAAGGUGGAGUAUAGAGCUGAUCAAUGAUCGGAGUACACCAGUCACGUAUUUUUCCUGGUCCCACGACGGAAGGAUGGCCCUCAUAUGUUACCAGGAUGGCUUCGUCCUAGUUGGCAGCGUUGCCGGCCAAAGGUAUUGGUCCUCGAUGCUAAAUGAUCAGGCGACUAUCACAUGCGGGAUAUGGACUCCGGAUGAUCAGCAGGUCUAUUUUGGAACGACAGCUGGUCAGUUGAUAGUGAUGGAUGUCCACGGAGCCAUGGUAUCAGAAGUUCAAUUAGCGGCAGCGGUCACAUCGAUGGCCUGGAGUGCCGAAAAAUUCAAAAUGGAAGAAGGAGACGAUGAUAUUACCGGAAGUCAAUGCCAGCAAGACGAACGGAGUUACGUGUUGGCGGUAUGUCUCGCCGAUGGAAAUAUCGUCCUUUUACGAUCCUUUGACGACGUAUCUCCCGUCACGAUACGUACAGGAUUGAAAUCCCCACUACUGGCUGAGUGGAGUAACUCGAGAAAGUUAUUGGCAGUCGCCGGUAUCAAAGAUGCCGACAUUUUUCAAGGCAAUCCCCAAGAGUACAUAAACUUAUUGCACUUUUACUCGGACACCGGCAUUCUCGUCUACACCACAGCUAUACCGUACACACAAUGUCCUGUGUCGGCCCUAACGUGGGGCCACAACGACAGAAGAUUGUUCGUGGCUACAGGGGCGAGGGUGCACGCUGCAUGGGUCUCUAGGCGAGUAGGUUCUCUGCAGUUGCUGUCACGGCUCGCCGUUCGCGCUGCUUUAUCGAGGGAAUCCAGCGUGCAACAAUUACCUCUACCUCCAAGACUGAGAGCCUUAGUAGCCGCCCUUUUUGCCAGUACGAUAAGAUGUUGCGUUCCCGAGCCCAGAGAACUCAGGCGUUUCGUAUCAAGACCACCUCCGGGUGGUGGGCGCCUUCAUUGUACGAUGCUAAGACACGCGGGGGAACCUGCUCCUUGUUACACUCUAUAUUUGGAGUACCUCGGAGGGCUGGUACCUCUGCUGAAAGGGAGAAGAACCAGCAAAAUACGACCGGAGUUUGUGAUAUUCGAUCCGCAAAACCAAGAAACGAUGCACACGCCCGACUAUCCCACGCACUACCAGACUUACAGCGAUGGUUCUGACACGGAAAGGGAUACCGCAGAUUUAUGUGGCUCUCCGAGAAAUAGGAGAAAAAACAGAAGAAGGCGAGAGGAAAAACCUGUGGAAGAAGUUGACGACCUGGCCUACGUGGACACGCUCCCCGAGCACGCAAGAUUAGUGGAAGUGACGUCGAACAUUUGGGGAACAAAAUUCAAGAUACAUGGACUGACGGACUCUGUUCCAGCGAAUUUAGGACAAGUUACGUACAGGACGUCCCUUUUGCAUUUACAGCCGCGACAAAUGACGUUGGUAAUGACCGAAUUGAGAGACGAUUUGCCGGCAGGUCCCGACCCGACGUUUAACCCAAACCUAUUUUCGGAGGAUGAAGAAGAAGUGUUCCAAGAGCCGCAAGGAACUUCGCGGGGAACGGCGGAGGUCCAGCCGCCCCCGAUCGCGCCAAUGACGCCGAGAAAUUCUCGGUUAAAUACAAAUCGUCCAAAAUCCCAAAUUUCUAAUCAAUUCAUAACGUCCGAAGCGCUCUCGCCCGCGCUUGCACGUGCCGAAAGUUACGAGGAUGAAUUUUCGUACGUUGAUUUACAAGACAUGGUUAGUUUUUGUGAAAAUCUCAGAGCUACGUCCGGAAAUACAUACAGAACACCACCGCGACAUAACGCGCCAAGGUGUUGCGACGUGCCUACGUUACAGUCGCCUAAAAACGCCGUUGCACCGACGCAAACACUGAUAGCCACAUCGAAUCCGAAUACGGAUUACACGGGGAAUAUUCAGAGGGUAAAAACGGCCCUGGCCGAUCAGCAAACCAAUAUGGCUACGAAAAAAGACAUUGAGAAUAACAAAAUGAACCAGAUAUCCGACGAAAAAUCAACGCUCACUGCCAAUUCCGGUAACGUAAUUUCUCUUUCUAAUCAGAGCGGGCAAAUUACCGCGGGAGGCAAUUUGGGUUCGGGUUCAUGUUCACCGAGUACAAUAAUAAACGGCUUAAACAACCCUGGGAAUUGCUCACAGUCACAGUCCAUAUUUUUAAACGGAUUAAACAGCAUAGGAGCCUCGAGCGGCGUCUUAUCUACGUCGUCCACGCUCCAAAUUUCUAACGCUCAGAUGGGUCAAAUUUCGGUACAUUCCAAAAAUAAUUUAAACAUCGGUACAAUAACGAGCGGUUCAACCGGGGUAGACUGUUCAAAUGCUGUUACCAACCCUCCUCACGUAUGCAGUACGCCAACGUGUUCGAAACCGGCAAAUUCAAAAAGCACAAUUACGAAUUUAAACGGGCUUUGUAACGGUUCUAUUUCGCCGACGUGUUCGAAUCAAUUCCACGUUGCUCAGAGUCAAACGAAUUCCCCGUCCCAAUGUCAACUGAUGUUGAACCAAUCGAACGGCGGACAAUUAAACUCUAAAAGAAAAGAAACCAAGCCGCAAGGCUGUUGCGGAAAGUCGAUACCGAGUGGGAAUCAGAUUGGAAUAGCACCAGGCAAGUCGGAGGAACUGCGUUACAUCGACGAAGAAAAUUCUUUGGAAGGGACUACCCAGUUCCGAAGUGUUCACAGGACUCCGACCGUCGUCAGCAUCGGACCACUCUGCCUCGCGGAUCCAAUCGUCCGAAGUUGUAGCGUCGGCUACCUGGAUUUGGUCGACGCACAGCUCGUGCCUUGCGAGGUGGCUUUGAGGAUGCUGAGGAAAGAAGCACCGAACAAAAGACUGGUUCUAGUGUCCCGCAAAACAAGAAAAAAACGGAAGAACAAACCCCAGGCGGACGUCGCGCAGCCAAACACAAAACCACCGCGAUUGAAAAGCUGUGGUAAAUCACGGAGCUUAGAUUCUAGUGAUAUUUUUCCGAGUACCGAACAGAUCGCCUCAGUGCCUCAGCUGCCCGAACAUUUGGAAGAACUUUCGAACACGGACGUCACAGAAAACAAAGCAAACAUUGAAACCGCCACAGACUCCGUUGACCUCGGUGUUCCCGAAGGAAAGCCAAAGGUCAUCAACGAUGACGCCGCAAUUCAGGAACCGCAGCAAAUAAUCGCUCCCGGGAAACCCACCAGAUUAGAAGCCUGCUCGUCGCCAGCUAGAGCGUCUAGUCCAAGUGGUUCAGUAGCGUCUUCAUUGGACGGACUCGCAGCCAGACUUAGAGAUUUCGACGAAAGUCAUUCUUUGCCACCACCCUCGCCAAGGCCAACUUCAAGACUGCCCAGAAGUUCGCCAAGCAGUCCGGCACCAUCGAAAAAAGGAAAACGACCGGCAUCCGCAUCCCCGAUCAGGCGUAGACUUUUGUCCAGCCCGUUGUUGAGCAGACGGAGCCGUAAAAGUCGCGGCGAAAGUUCCGACGACGAAGGAUUAACCCAAGAUGAAUCGUCGAAGAAUUAUCGCGAUUUGGAAACCUUCCAGAAGGCCCAACUCCGUCAAAAGUUGAAACAGCGUGGCGCCGGAUCGUCGGGUCAUAAAGCAGAUUUGCUCAAUAGACGAGAAGAACUCCGAAUGCACAACAAGGCUCCCAUGUGGAACGAGUCCAGCCAAGUGUACCAGCUGGACUUUGGUGGUAGAGUAACGCAAGAAAGCGCGAAAAAUUUCCAAAUUGAAUUCAGGGGCAAGCAGGUGAUGCAAUUCGGACGGAUAGACGGGAACGCCUACACCUUGGAUUUCCAAUAUCCAUUCAGUGCACUACAGGCCUUCGCCGUGGCACUCGCAAAUGUUACACAGCGGCUCAAGUAACCUUCACUCUCGAGUACUUCGUUCAAUAUAUGUCUGUACGAAAUUUGGAAUACGAGUAUUAAUAGAAAUAAUUCUGCUGAAGUUCGAUCAUAGCGCGAUUUUUCGGUUUAAGGAAAUAACAAUAAUAAUAUAAUAUCGAUAUAGACCUAUAUACGUCCGCGGACGGUACAAAAUGUGGCGGCCAAAAAGCAGAACCA